GGGUGGAGAGGCCGCGUUUCGAAAUUCUGCUCUUGUCCCCUUUGCGUUCGCCGUAGUUCCUCCCAAGAUGGCGGCCGCCGGUGACGUGCCGGUUCGAGUUUGCAACCAAGAGAUCGUGAAAUUCGACCUCGAGAUUAAGGCGGCGGUGCAGGACAUUCGGGAUUGUAUGGGACCUGUAAGUACACUUACAGAACUGAAUGCCAAAGUAAAGGAAAAGUUUCAGCAUUUACGGCUUAGAAUACAGGAGCUUGAACAGAUGGCGAAGGAACAAGAUAGAGAAUCAGAAAAGCAAGCAUUGCUCCAAGAGGUAGAGAACCAUAAGAAGCAAAUGCUCAGCAAUCAGACAGCCUGGAGGAAGGCAAAUCUAGCUUGCAAAAUUGCCAUUGACAAUGCAGAGAAAGAUGAACUGCUUCGAGGUGGAGAUCCUUUACGACAAAGAAAAACUACAAAGGAAAGUUUGGCAGAGGGGGCCAGUAACAUCACAGAGAACCUGAUGGGUAUUAGCAGGAUGAUGUCUCAGCAGGUACGGCAGAGUGAGGAGACGAUGCAGACCUUAGUCAGUUCUUCACGAACCAUACUGGAUGCCAACGAGGAAUUCAAAUCCAUGUCCGGGACAAUACAGCUGGGACGGAAGCUCAUUACCAAGUACAACCGCAGGGAGCUGACGGAUAAACUGCUCAUCUUUCUGGCCCUUGCCUUGUUUUUGGCCACCGUGCUUUACAUCCUGAAGAAGAGACUGUUCCCCUUUUUGUAGUAUUCUCAAAUGAAGAGAGGAAGCAUGACUGUGGGGAAGGAUGAAUGGAGGCUUUCUUACAAAGACCUGACACUCUUCUCAUCAGGACAACCUUCAUAAACGUUCAUAAACAGAACAUAUUAGCAGUCUGUGAAGAUUUAGACUUGCUUAUGUAAGCUAAAUGAGCUGCAGGUUAGGGAGAGGAACAAUAAGAAUAUGACAUGUUUCUCCGAGAGUGGCAGGUGUCAGUUCUGAAGUGGAUGGUGGAAGACAUAUUAAGCCUCUCUCUUGUCUUUGGCUUGGAAUGUGUAUUCCACUUCCUUCCUCCAGAUAUCGGUUCCUGAGAGGAGGGGGACGGUAUUACUGAAAAUACAUUUAGAUACAUUCCUUUAAUAAAGUGUAUUUGAAUACAGAUAGAGCAGGAAGUCCUUUUUUUUU